GACAUAUAGUUAGUCUUCUUCUUCUUCUGCUGCAAUCCAUUCUCUCUCUCUCCCCCACUCUCUUCUCUUCUCUUCAACAUUCUUUCAAACCUUCUUCGAUCUUUAACAGUCGCCAGAUUUCGGUUUUUGUUUGUUUGCUAUGACUGAGAAUCAUCUGUAAGGUGGCCUGGUGAAAAUUGCAGUGGAGAUUGUGUAUUUGGUCUUCUGGUAGCACAAUGAUGCUCAGCCCUGUUCAAAUCUUCAUGGAUUCCUCCGACUGGACACAGAGCAUGAUGCAGGACAGAGGAUUCAGGCCUUCUGCUAAUGCUGCCAUUUCUACUACUGAAGAUUUGCUUUCAUGUUCACGUCCACUGCUUGAGAGAGGCCUGAAACCCCAGCCAGAACAAGCCCUCAAAUGCCCAAGAUGUGAUUCAACAAAUACCAAGUUCUGCUACUACAACAACUACAGUUUAUCUCAGCCUCGCCAUUUCUGCAAGACAUGUAGAAGGUACUGGACAAAAGGAGGAGCUCUAAGAACUGUCCCUGUUGGUGGGGGUUGCAGGAAGAACAAGAAGACCAAAAGAGCACCUGCAGACCAGGCAGUUUUUUCACAGAAUGAACCAUCAACUUCUGGUGCACCAUCUUCUGCAAAUGCCCUCUCUAACCUUAACCCUGCUACCAAUUCGGGCUCCAAUAUGUUUUUCAACAACAGCUCAAAUGACAUGAAUGCCUUUGCUAGAGGCCAACAAGCAGCUGUUGCAAGAUAUGGAGACCAGUCUGCCCUACCUAACUGCAACAGCUCUGAUUUCCUAGGCCUUUCUUGUGGCCCAAGUACAACCCAGUCCUCUUUUGGGCCCCUUACCUUAAACCCCAUUUCACCACUGACAGCACUGAAUUCUCUGCACUCUCUGAAAUCCAGUUUUCCAGGCCUAGGUGACUUUCCAGUGAUCAGCAAAAGUGCUGAUCAUCAAGGAUCGUCAGCCAUUGCUAAUGCUCCUCCCCCAGAUUGGCAGCUACCCCCAGAACCCACACUAUUAGACUCCAACAUCAAUUUCUGGAAUGGAGGACCAUGGUCUGAUCUCUCAGCCUAUGGCUCAUCUUCAAUGUAGGAAAUUUACAGCUAUGUCUUGGAUACCUCAAUUAUUGCAGCUUAGUAUUCUUUUGGUUGAAACCUGUAGCUCUUCAAAAAUGUUGUAGCAGCUCUUGUCACAUUUGUCAAGUUUAUUGAAGACAAGCAUGACAGUCCUGCUAUGUUUGCAGAGCCCAUAAAACACAGUGGUUGAUUGAUUCAAUUUUAAGAAUUCAGAAUCACUUAGAAUGGCGCUUAUCCAGUAAUUGAAGUUCUUUUUGUCCAGCUUCAAUUCAAGCUUGAGUUGCCACCUGAAUCAAUCAAAGCAAGCUGAGGAGGAAAAUAGUUCAGAAUUCCAUGGUCUACUACAUCAUUCUGAUUCUGCAAGUUGGUGAAAGCAGAGAAGAUUUGUAGAAUGCACCAAAAGCAUACAGUCAUCUUACAACUUUUUAAAGAUCAUUAGCUCAUAACUUGUGUAAAUAAAUUGGGUGGUUACUGUCUGUGUGUUGGGAGAUAUUUUGGGAUUUCAUCUGGGUGUCUGCCCGUUUUUUUUGGAGGGGGGGCAUUAGAGGUUUCAGAGCCAAAUGUGUGCACUUUCCAUUGGAGGAAAGUGAAAUGGGUAUAAGUGUUUAUUGUAGAAUAAAGUCCUCUUGUGUUCAGAGGAGGCAUAGCAAUAAACUCCAUGACAAUGGAGUCAGCAAACAAGCUUCUGCUUUGUCCUUAGUAUUUUUUUAGUAGCAGUUUUGGAUAUGUUUUUGUGUUACUUAGUGUCAGUUGAUGAAACAGAAAAAGAGAUGAAACCAAAAAAAUUGUGUAAGAAGGUGAUUUUCUAGUGAUUAUAUUUAUGUUAUGAAAUAUAUUUUAGUUUAAAAAAAAUUUGAAGUUGGUAGUUCUA